AAGCGCUCGGGCCGCUGGGGCCGCGGCAGUGCCGGGGCUGUGCGCUCCUCGCUGCCGUGCGCUCCUCGCUGCCGGCCCGCCGGUGAUGCGGGCCCCGGGCCGGCGCUGCCCCCGCCCGGGCUGAGCCCCUGGGCCCGCCAUGGUGCCCUGCGGGGCCGUGCUCUGGCGGCGCCUGCUCAGGAAGAGAUGGGUCCUCGGCGUCGUSUUCGGGCUCUCGCUCGUUUACUUCAUCACCAGCACCUUCAAGCAGGAAGAGAGGAUGGUGAGAGAUCGAAAUCUCCUCCAAGUGCAGGAGCACGAGCAGCCGAUCAUGUGGAAGGUGAAGUUCAGCUCGGGAAACAGCAGCCAGCUGAGUAACCAGUGCAGGAACUCUGUGCAGGGGAAGCUCCUCAUUACCGAUGAACUGGGCUACAUCUGUGAGAGGAAGGACCUGCUGGUGAAUGGCUGCUGCAAUGUGAACRUGCCCAGCACGAAGCUGUACAGCUGUGACAGCUGCCUUCCCAACGGCUGCUGCAGCAUCUACGAGUACUGCGUGUCCUGCUGCCUGCAGCCCAGCAAGCAACAUCUCCUGGAGCGUUUCUUGAACCGGGCAGCAAUUGCUUUCCAAAACCUCUUCAUGGCAGUGGAAGAUCACUUUGAGCUGUGUCUGGCCAAAUGUAGGACUUCAUCACAGAGUGUGCAGCAUGAGAACACCUACAGAGACCCAAUUGCCAAGUACUGCUAUGGCGAGUAUCCCCCGGAGCUCCUGCCUGUUUGAGAGCUGCAGGAUCUGAGCAGCGGGGGGAAGGAGCUGGAGACUUGAAUCCAGAAGAACAAGAUGACAGCUGUUGCUUUAGCAAAGCCUCAGUGUAAAAAGCUCGUGUUUUAUGUAGGGGCAAAGCCAGAGGUGAACAGAGGAAGUAAGGAACUUAAGUUCUUCAUGACUGUGUCUUGCUUUCUUCAUCUGCUUUAGAGUGCUAGUACUGUGCUGCAGUGCCAGUGCUUUCUUUGAAUACUUCCUCUAAAUUUCAGGAAUCAUGGAGUCAAUCUAGGCUAUAGAACRUCAUGGGAAAAAUAUCUAAUGUGGCUCUGUUGGUGGAGGUUCAGUUGUGUCUCUGCAGUCCAGAGACUUUCCUGAGUGACUGUWGUAGCUGGAGGAUUUUUACUUUUAGAGAGCAAAGCAUGCCUGCUGUACUUCUCUUUCUGGUACCCUUCUUGGCAUGCAUGGUGUACACUACAUAUGUAAUUAUGAAUUAUUUAUUCAUUUUAUAUGGAUCACUAGCUGGAAGUAUCGAUGCUUUGCAUAGCCUGUUGUGGAUGCCUUUCAGUCCCUGUUUUGCUGUGCCAGCUGGAAGGGAUGUUUUAGAUCCUGACUAAAGUUGGUAGGGUUUUUUUUUCCUCCUUGGUCUAAAGGAAUUGUUUUGGGAUUUGUCACUAUAUUACUUAUGUUCCUCUUAGUGAGUUUAAGCCAUUCAGAACUCCAAUGGAGUUGUUCUUCKGCCAAAGUCCCAUAGCACAAGAGAAGAGCAGGGAUCUGCCUAGGAUGGAAUGUUURUUGUCUGUAAACACUUCCCUUGUUACUCUGCAGCAGUUUCCUCAAAGAGGAGCCUUAGUUUUGUGAGCAGCUCUUUGCUGGUCCACUUGCUGACAAGGGAGCAGGGAAGAUUUGUUUGCUUCAACUUGUUCAGGCCUUGGUGUUUCAAAUGUGCUUUACUCCUGGUUGUGCAGGAGGGAAAAGGGUGGAGUUGUUGCAGGACUUCAGUUUAAUGAUGUCCGUGUGCAYGCAGUAAUUAGGAUGUCAGAAUGUGGCACGAGCCCUUCUUUGAGGACAGCUGUGUUGUGUGAGCUCAGCUAAAGUCAUGAUGCUUUUGAUUUGCUGUUUGACRUACUUGCCACUCUGGAAUUGUGGCUUGAUCAGAAUGACAUUACAACAGCUUUGGUUCUCCCACAGUUUCUCCUAAAGUUGCAAUUUUGACUCUCUCUUUCUAAAUGCCACAAAACAGAGAAAAGGCGGGUACAGAACCUGUAAAAUUUCUUCUCCCMCUGCAAAGUCCAAGUGCUAGACUAAACUGGGCUGUUCUCUAUAUGCAGAGGCUCAUUUCUCUUGUUUUAUCCCAUUCAUUUCCCCCAUGAUUUUGACUUUGUGUAUGCUUGCUUAAACAGAAUAAAAUAAAAAAUAAAUGUAGAUAAAUGUCUAUAGAGGCAUGGAAGAUAAAAAACACAAACAGACAGUGGUGGAAUAUCCUGCUGCAAAAGAUCUGUAGAAUUCUAUUGCAAUUGCAUAUGAUAUAAACAAGAAGUAGUACCYAACCAUCUGAUAAAAUCCACUUCUUGGUGAUUUUGUUCUUUCCCAGGAGUUGUCAAGCAAAAUAAUGGUUCCAUCAGCACACUGUCUGGAAAUCUUGGUUUUCCAAAAGCUUGAGAGCUUUAGCAUUAGCAGUUCAUCCAACUGAAAAUCUGUCUYCCCUUUGCUGCCCUCCUAUGGCAGCUUGCUGCAGCAGCCAUGGUAUAGUGUGAGGAUGCAGUGUGAAAUGCUGUCUUCAGAGGGUAGCAGAGGUUGCUUCUCUUUUCAAUGUUAAGCAGAUUCUUCACCCCUUUCCAGCACUUCAUAAUCAUUUYCCUGAGGAAGGCCAUCAGCUUGGUCUAUCAUAUCAUUCCUGCUGAGAUGCGUUCCAGCACUUUGUGUGUUUGCACCACGGCUGAUGAGGUCAAGAUGCUGAUGGCUUGCUCUUGCUUUCUUUUCCAACUUGAUGGUAAUUCCUUAGCAGGUGAAUUACUGCUGGAAGCAGUAAUUGUAAGAAAUCAUAAGAAAUCAAGAACUAACAUAAUUUGGACAACUUAGAGAAUUCCUGGCCUUUUCUCUCCUAGAAAAACAGGAUGUGAUCAGAAGUGCAUUGUUACCAUUGUCCAUCCAAUGGGACAGAAACUGCAUCCUCCCGCCUUGGUAGCUGAGCUGUUCAACUGUGUCUGUACUAUAUGUUAAAUCAUUAAAAAUUUGUUUUCCAAGA